AAGCAGUGGAAGAGUCUUAUACUGAAACAUGGCGGACAUGUUACUGAUGGAUUUGACAUGAGCUCAUUAGCUAAAGUAUCAGACGGAUACACUCCAGGACACAUGAUCACUGCAAUAACACAAGUACUCACUGAAAGAAGAAUACAACAACUUCGUAAGCAUCCAUUGACAACAGCAGAAUUCAUUCCUUUUUUGAUCCGAUUUAUAGAGAAGAAGAGGAAGCAUACAAAGCUUGGUUUAAAAAUGAAUACUCCUCUUGGAAAGAAGAAAGCUAAAGCUAUCAAAGAAGCAAUGUGAGCGGAGGAUGAUGGAGGAGGAGGGAAGA